GGCAGAUACUAUGUCUAGUCAUAGAAAGGAUUGCUAACAUAGUGUCAAUAGACCCCCCCCUCCCCGUAUGGUAGGUAGGUUCUUACCUAUAAGGUACCUACCUAGGUACCUACCUAUUUAGGUUACUUAUGUGUCAGCCACUUAGUGUGGCUCAGAAUGCGACUCGAGAUUGUCAAGUUGCUUAAGUAAUAGGCAUGAAACAUGUAAAACCCCCACCACCAACCUAGGGUUUGUCAAGCACACAAUAACUGACCGAAUUUCUUACUGGGUUUUUUUUCCUCCCUUACCGAUUACAAGUGCAUCUCGCGGCGCUCAGAAUACCUUCCUCCCCCCCCCCCCAAAAGUCUUGCCGCGAAUUCUAAGAAGGAAUCGUCCGUGUUUAUAUUCGGAAUUAUGCCUCCCAAGUUCGAUCCUAACGAGGUCAAGGUGAUUCACCUUCGAGCCACUGGAGGGGAGGUCGGCUCCUCGUCCGCGCUCGCACCUAAGAUCGGACCCCUCGGUUUAUCGCCCAAGAAGGUCGGAGAAGAUAUUGCGAAAGCUACGGGUGAUUGGAAAGGUCUGCGAGUCACCGUCAAGCUCACUAUCCAAAACCGCCAGGCUGCCGUCUCUGUUGUCCCCACUGCUUCUUCUCUCGUCAUCAAGGCGUUGAAGGAGCCCCCGCGUGAUCGAAAGAAGGAGAAGAACAUCAAGCAUUCAAAGAGUGUACCGCUGGAUGACAUCAUCGAAAUCGCUCGAACAAUGCGUUUCAAAUCUUUCUCGAAGGAUCUGAAGGGAACUGUUAAGGAGAUUUUGGGGACGGCAUUUAGCGUAGGUUGCCAAGUUGAUGGACGAAGUCCUAAGGAUAUCAGCGACGACAUUGAAAGUGGCGAGAUUGAUAUCCCCGACGAGUAACUGGGUUGAAAACGGGCUUCUUCUUUUUCCGCUGCAUGUUUGAUCAGGAGUUUAGGAAUUGCUCGCGAUAGUCUUCGCCAACACGCUCCGAAUUGUG